UUACGUGUCAAACAAAAAGUACCAAAAAGGCGCACACACUCUCUCGCGUCGCCUUCUCUGUCUAGCUUCUUCUUCUUCUUCUUCGUAUUUCAGUGUCACCGUGUCAGAACCCUAAUUCCGCCGUGACGAUCCCUUCCAUCGCUAAUUUACGUUCUACUUUUUUAGCCUAUCAGUUUGUCACAUUUUGUUCCUCCUUCUGUUUUCGAGUUUAAAAUCAAAAUCACCAAGGUUUUGUGAUUCUGAUCGGGCGUAAGAGGGUUUAGUUUUCAUUGAUUUUUUACUUGCGUUUUUCAAAUUUUCAAUUUUCCGUGGUAUUUUUUUUGGUUGCCGGAGAUGAGAUUUGAGCGAUGAACUAUGCCGGAGCUUCGUAGCGGAGCGCGCCGGGGUCGGCCAACGAAGAAACAACAAGAAACAAAACAGCACAAGCAAGUUCAUCAAAGUCCGGUUGCAGGGGAGGCCAUUGCAACCCGGACGAGACGGCGGCGUGCAGCUGCAGCGGCUGCUAACAAUAACGUUGAGGAGGCGGCGGUUGUGGCUGUAAACGAUGACGUAGUGGUUGCUGCGGCGGAGAAAGAAAAUCAUAUAAUUGAGGAAGAAAAUUUGAAAGAAGCCGUUGGAGCAGAGAAGGAAGAGAUAGGGGAGAAACAAAUGGACGAGUUUGACAGUGGAGCUCGUAGCAAUGAUAAAUCCAAUGCGGGUGAAGACGAUACUAACGCCUUUGUUAUUCCCGAACAGGUUCAAGUUGGUCAGUCUCCUAUCUAUAAAACAGAGAAAAAACUUGGAAAGGGUGGAUUUGGUCAAGUAUAUGUUGGUCGGCGUGUUUCUGGUCUACAUUUGAGCGAGAAAACUGGACCUAAAGCUAUAGAGGUUGCAAUAAAAUUUGAGCACAGAAGUAGUAAAGGAUGUAACUAUGGACCACCGAAUGAGUGGCAAGUGUACAACACUCUUGGUGGAAGUCAUGGUGUGCCACAGGUACAUUUCAAGGGCAAGCAAGGUGAUUAUUUCAUCAUGAUUAUGGAUAUUCUCGGACCUAGCUUGUGGGAUGUUUGGAAUAAUAACUCUCACACCAUGUCUACUGAAAUGGUUGCUUGUAUAGCCAUUGAAGCGAUAUCCAUAUUGGAGAAGAUGCACUCCCGAGGGUAUGUACAUGGAGAUGUGAAGCCGGAAAAUUUUCUGCUUGGUGCUCCUGGGACACCUGACGAGAAAAAAUUGUUCUUGGUAGAUCUUGGUUUAGCUACUAAAUGGCGGGAUAGUGCAACAGGUUUGCACGUGGACUACGACCAAAGACCCGAUGUUUUCAGAGGCACAGUCCGCUAUGCAAGUGUGCAUGCCCAUUUGGGGAGAACUGGAAGCAGGAGGGAUGAUUUGGAAUCUCUUGCAUAUACACUGAUUUUUCUUCUUCGAGGCCGUCUUCCUUGGCAAGGUUACCAGGGAGAAAACAAAGGAUAUCAGGUUUGCAGGAAGAAAAUGGGAACAGCUCCAGAGAACCUAUGUUGUUUUUGUCCCCAGCCUUUUAAAGAGUUUGUGGAACAUGUAGUGAACUUAAAGUAUGAUGAAGAGCCUAACUAUGCUAAAUACAUUUCUCUUUUUGAUGGAAUUGUUGGUCCAAACCCAGAUAUUAGGCCACUUAAUACAGAAGGUGCACAAAAGCUUGUUGGUCAUAAAAGAGGCCGAUUGUCUACAGAUGAAGAUGACGAUGAACAACCCAAAAAGAAGGUUCGAAUGGGUUUGCCAGCGAGUCAGUGGAUUAGUGUUUACAAUGCCCGUAGACCGAUGAAACAAAGGUAUCACUACAAUGUGUCAAGUUCAAGGUUACUGCAGCACAUUGACAAAGGAAAUGAGGAUGGUUUAUUUGUUAGCAGUGUUGCUUCAUCUCAGGACCUAUGGGCCUUAGUCAUGGAUGCGGGGACAGGUUUUACUUCCCAAGUUUAUGAACUCUCCCCCCAAUUUUUCCAUAAGGAAUGGAUCAUGGAGCAGUGGGAAAAAAAUUACUAUAUCAGUGCAGUUGCAGGAGUUGAAAAUGGAAGUUCACUAGUAGUAAUGUCUAAAGGCACCCAGUAUUUGCAGCAAUCAUACAAAGUUAGUGAUUCAUUUCCUUUCAAAUGGAUUAACAAAAAGUGGAGGGAGGGCUUUUAUGUAACUUCAAUGGCCACGGCAGGGUCCAGAUGGGGAGUAGUAAUGUCUUAUGGGGCAGGGUUUUCCGACCAGGUGGUUGAACUAGAUUUUCUGUAUCCUAGUGAAGGGAUUCACAAGCGUUGGGAGUGUGGAUACCGAAUCACAUCGACUGCAGCAACUUGGGACCAAGCCGCUUUUAUUUUGAGUAUUCCAAGGAGGAAGCCCCAAGACGAAAGUCAGGAAACACUAAGGACCACUGCUUUUCCUAGUACGCAUGUUAAGGAAAAGUGGGCAAAGAAUCUCUACAUUGCAGCAAUUUGCCAUGGACGUACUGUUUCUUGAUACUGCCGAGCCAUCGAGGUGCCGAAGUAUUUGGAUUUAGUUGAAAAACACCACCAAACUUACGUUUGGACCCAAAACGAUUUUAAGUAUUUUGGGACAAACGUACUUUUGGACUCUUAGGAGUAUGUUAAUAGGCAUGAUGAGUUGGGACUCAGGAAAUUUUGAUGGCUACAGACUACAGUUUUUUUAAUUAUUGUAUUGUAUGUAGCAGAAUGAUUUUUAAACACCCCAAUUUUCCAUUCGUGUCGAUACACUUUAUGCUGGUACAGCUAUACACAUUUUAAGUCGGUAGAUUUAUCAAGGUUUAACAAGAAAACGCUGAUUUUAUAGUUAUUUGGGGUGCCUUAGGAAAUUGAAUUUUUAUAUUUUUAAAUAAAUGAAUGACUGAAGAUCA